UACUGUCUGCUCUGCACAUCACCCCUGAACAACUAGAUACAAAAUCGAAAAACUUAAAAGAUUUUUAUUAUGGUAAAAUGGUAGCCCGAGAGGGGAAAAUGGCGGGGUCGGGUUGGGAAUAAUGAGACUCAAUCCAAUUACUGUGAACAAUUCAGAACGUUUUAAGCGCCAGCGCCUUCAACACAGGGGCCAGGAGCAUUAUUUUCCCCGGCCACCUUGGAGUAAAUGGCAGUCAUCUUCUUUUCUCGCCCUUUGAGACUGUCCAAUCGCUCGGGCGGCCUGGCACAACGGGCAACCCUUCCACUCGAAGUCUGGCCUCCGAUCGCCGUGUCCUGACUGAGGUCAGAGCACACUGAUUACAAGCCGCAGAGAGAAAAUAAACUAAAUUUAAACCCUCAAGGAGCUUGCAAGAGAUCCCGGCCGAGUGACGAGUCUAGUUUCGCGGGAACCCAUUAUUAGGGCGUUAAACCUGGGAGGGCUUUGGUUGCUCUCCCGCUUCUGGCCUGACAGCACUUGCUUCUUCCGCAUUUUCCUAGGGGUUAGACUCUGACGUUACGUAUUACGACGGCGGCGGCGGCGGCAGCGAAGAGCCGAGUAGUCAGCCCCUCCUCCUCCUCCCCGCAGCCAUCAAACAACAAAGCCUGAUUGGCAGGGCUAGGCCCGACCCGACCCGCCAGCGCUCGGCCCAGCCAGGAAAGGCUGAGCCUAAACCAAGCCCAGGAAGGAGUCGAAACGAACCGAAAUCGGCCUCCGCCCGCCCAACACACUCACCAGGUGGCUUAUUCAUGUAGAUGCAUCUGAAAACCUAUGUCCAAAUGGUGAUUGACAUCUAUACACAGUGAAAAAUUAGUUUGAAUGCUUAUAGCAGAGAACAUUUGAAGGAAGGCCGGGCUAAGAUACCCUGGUGACUGAUGAAAUUUGCAGACCAUGGAUGAAGAUGUAGGAGGGCUUGAACUGCAACAACAGGAGCCCAAGGUGAUUUUUGAUAACACAGUUCAUGAAGUGACUUCACAGCAUAUUGAUGGACAUCAUAUUCUUGUGGAAGUUCAAGAAACCGUCUUUGUAGAUUCCACUAUUGACCCAGAAUCCCACUUUGUUUCUGAUGACACUGACUCUGUUGUAAUACAGGAUGCCAUUGAAGACGUAGUGGCUGAAGAUGUCCACUGCCCUGAUAUUAUUGAGGAACCAGAAACCAUAAUUGUUCCUGAACAAGUACUGGACACAGAUGUUGGCACAGAGGAAACGCUGACUACAAUCCCUGAAGACGUAUUAGCUUCUGACAUUACCUCAGAGGCCAUGUGUGUAGCUGAACAUGUACUGACAAUGGAUGAUGAUGGAGGAAAGAUUGAACAUGGAGGAAAUGGUGAGCUGAAAAUUGAAAGUGGACUGUCAACACAGAGUGAAAAUUUAAAAGAAGAUAGUACCUGUGGUGAUGUCAUUAAAGUUUACAUUUUCAAGGCAGAUGAUGGUGAGGAUGAUUUAGGUGGAACUGUAGACAUCGGCGAAAGUGAACCUGAUAAUGAUCAUGGGGUUGGACUACUGGAUCAGGGCAACGUGGGCAGAAUAUCGCGAGAGAAAAUGGUGUACAUGACUGUUAAUGACCCUAAUCAAGAAGAUGAGGAUAUCAUGAACGCAACACAGCAUGAGGAGAACUGCUACCUUCAAGCAAAUUGUGCUGACAUUGCAGAUGAAGUUUACAUGGAAGUCAUAGUAGGAGAAGAUGAAGCAGCAGUUGGCCAUGAACAACAAGUUGAAGAAACAGAUAUUAGCAAAACAUUUGUUCCGGUAGCUUGGGCUACUGCAUAUGGUAACAGUUCGGAUGCUGUAGACAACAAAAAUGAAACAGGCAGUCACCUCCUCCAGGCAGAUGGAACAAAUGAGCUUACCAGGCUGGUAAAACCAAAAUCAAGGAAAAGGAAGAGACUUGAAAGUAGACAAUAUCAGACAGCAAUCAUCAUAGGGCCUGAUGGGCAUCCUAUUACAGUUUAUCCAUGUAUGAUCUGUGGAAAAAAGUUCAAGUCCAGAGGCUUUCUGAAGAGGCACAUGAAGAAUCAUCCGGAGCAACUGACUAAGAAAAAAUACCAGUGUACAGACUGUGAUUACACUACCAACAAGAAGACCAGUUUACAUAAUCAUCUGGAAAGCCAUAUGCUCAUGAACAAGGUGGAGAAGACCUAUGAGUGUGAUGAAUGUGGCAAGAGAUUUACUCACCCAGGAGCUCUGGUUUCCCAUAAGUUGGUUCACCGGGAAAAGGGAGCUACAAAGAUGCACAAAUGCAAAUUUUGUGAUUAUGAGACUGCAGAACAGGGGCUUCUGAACCGACACCUCUUAGCUGUGCACAGCAAGAAUUUCCCUCAUAUAUGUGUGGAGUGUGGAAAGGGUUUUCGCCAUCCAUCAGAACUGAGGAAACACAUGCGAACCCACACUGGGGAGAAACCCUACCAGUGCCAGUACUGUGACUAUAAGUCAGCAGAUGCCUCCAAUCUUAAGACCCACAUGAAGACAAAGCACAGCAAGGAUCUGCCUUUCAAGUGUGAGCAUUGUUUAAUGACAUUCACGGAUGCCAAAGAACUGCAGAAACAUACAGCCAUUCAUCAAGGACACAAAACCCACCAAUGUACACAUUGUGAUCACAGGAGUUCUAACUCCAGUGAUCUGAAGCGCCAUAUUAUUUCAGUCCAUACCAAGGACUAUCCACACAAAUGUGAGGUAUGUGACAAGGGUUUUCAUCGACCCUCAGAGCUCAAGAAACACAUGUCAACUCACAAGGGUAAAAAACUGCACCAGUGUAGGCACUGUGACUUUAAAAUUGCAGAUCCUUUUGUUCUUAGUCGGCAUAUUCUUUCAGUCCACACCAAGGAUCUUCCAUUCAGAUGUAAACGUUGCAAAAAGGGCUUUCGUCAACAGGUUGAGCUCAAGAAGCAUAUGAAGACCCACAGUGGCAAAAAAGUUUAUCAGUGUGAGUACUGUGAGUAUAGCACUACCGAUGCCUCGGGCUUUAAACGACACGUUAUUUCUAUUCACACAAAGGACUAUCCUCAUCGUUGUGAUUACUGCAAAAAGGGCUUCCGAAGGCCUUCAGAAAAGAACCAACAUAUCUCUCGACAUCAUAAAGAUGUUGUUUUGGUGGAGGGGCUAUCGUGAACUAUUUUCAAUUUAGAAAGCAUCUGCUUCUCAUCAUUUGUACAAAAAAGGAAUAUUUGUGUCCUUUAAUUGUUAAAGACUUGGAAACUUAAGUUCAUGCUGAUUACUGAACUAACUUCUCUCUCCCUCUCUUUCUCUCUCUCUCUCCAUUGUAUUGUGUCAUGGAUUGGAGCUUUAGCUUGAAUUGAAAGUUGUAUGUCCUUUGACUUGGAAAUCCAUUAAAUGGACAUUUUUUUUGCAACAUGGUGUCAACUCUUUUAAGAGAUGAAACUAACAAUCUAGUUGCAACCAGUCAGCUGCAGAUCAUGGUCCCUGCCAUUAUAAUUACUGGACCCAAGAUUAGAUACUGUAUUCAAGAACAAUUUAGCUUCAUAUUAACUAUUGAUGGCAAAUGAGGCCAUUUAUCAGUUUGUCUUAUUGCUCAGUUUUUUGGAGUGCUACAGUUUUUGUGCUAACUGGCUGAACACAUUCUCAGCAUAUUCUGUAUUUUGUUACUUCCUUUUUGUUUGCGCUAUAGUUAAUUUUUUCCGAUAUGCUUCUGAAGCUGCAAUGUAUUAUGGUAAUAGUAUAUUUUCUGUUUUUAUUUGAAUUAUUUUUUUUUACAAUUUCAUCUUUUAAAAGAAAAUUCUUCAGUGAUAUACCAUUGAGCCUAAAGGCCUCCUCCGCCUUUCCACGUUCUACUUGUAUUUCCAGAUGCGCUUCAUUCCUGUAUUGUGUGGUCUAGCAAAGCAUCGUGGUGGCAGAGUUCUUUCAGCUAAUUUACUUUUCCAGAUAUUGUGUAAAAAGAAUGACAUUAUUCAUGUUUUUACAAGUGUACACAUUUUUUUCCAAAAUUAUAUUUUGCCAAUGUCUGUAUCUUGUAUAAAUAAAAGAAAUAGCACUAUAUGUUUUUUAAAAAAAAGGUCCAGUGCUUUCUGUAGUACACUGCAGCUUAAUCUUAAGUUAGCAAGUUAAAAACUGUAUUGUCAGUUUGAAAUAACUCAGGUGGUUAGCAAUACCCUAUUUUACACAAUGUACUUCAAUCUAGUUACACUGGAUUGAGGUUCAUGGUGGAGGUGAGUAACAGAGAUUAGUAUUUUCUGUAUCAUUAAAUCUUUCCAACAAAAAAGCAAAAGGGGAGUGGGGUGCAACUUUUUAAAAGUACUGAGAAAUGAUUAAUGGAAAGUAUGCAAUACGGAGUAAUCUCUUGAAGUCUUCAGCAGAUCAGGAUUAAUUUGGAAGGUGAAGGGAAACUAAAUAGUACAGCAUAAUUCCAAAAUUUCAUGUUUUUAUAUUUUAUAAAAUAUUUAAUUCAAAGCCGCAUGCAACAUCAGAUUUCUACAGGAUCCUGUAAGUUUUCAAGUAUAAGUUGGGCUUUAUAUUCAUUAGUGCCUAAAAUAGCAUCUAAGUUUAAACUAAUUUUAAAUGAACUAUCUAUGAUCGUUAUUGUAUAACUUGCAGACUAAAUCCUCAAUAUAUUCUCAAGAAUUUGCACACUGUUGGAUGAAAAGAGAGAAAAUUACAGUAUUUAAAAGAAAAGGGGUACUAAAUAAUUUAUACAACACAGUGAUUAACAUUACUUACUCAAAAAAGUCUUCAGAAGUCUUUAAUGUUAUGCGUACUAUCCUCAAUGUACAUGUUUUAAGCAAUACAUUUGUUAAAAUCAUUAGGAAUACUAAUUUUAUUCUGAACAUAAUCUUUGUAAUUUAGCUGACUCCUGACCCCCACCAUCCCUACAAAAUAUAGAGAAUAUAAACUUGUCUAAAAUCUGUUUAAAGUAUCCGAAUUGGAACGCAUGAAAUUGAAUCCCACAGUGCAAUUUGAGCAUCUUCUCCCCAUCAUGAUUUCUAAGUUAACACAAACCUGAUAUUACAAUAGUGCCCCAGUGUCCUUGUAGCACUUUGUAAUUGUAAUUCACAAUACCAUAAAAUAAUCAUAUGUGGAUGAAAUUAUGUUGCAUUUUUAUCUUGACAGAUACAUAUUUGGGAUUUAAUUUGUACUGUGACAUUGGGAGCUUUGAAAAUUGCACUAACAACAAAUGCAGUUCUUUUGGUUGGGUUUGUGUACUCACUACAGCAAGAAGCAGUGUUGUACAUUAUCAUAAUGCAGGCCUGGUGUUGGACAGAAUUUCUGAGGAAAAAUUUACUUUUGAAGAGUAAUGAAAAUUAUGGAGAGUGGGUAAUAGGGAAAUGUAUAUGUUUAUUAAAAAAAUUCUUAUUAAUGUUACCAAUUGCUCAUUGUACAAAUCUUGAGAGGGAAUACAAACUGUUGAGCAAUUGAAUUGGAUUUAAUACACUUUUAAGGGCAGCUAAGAGAAUUCUUUGAAUAGGUGUAGACUUUUUUUUUAUACUGGGAUUAAACAUGAAUUAAUUAAAAGCCAGUUGAUUUGAGAAGGAAGCUUUAUAUCCUUGUACCUGUAAACAAAACCAUUUUCAGUGUCACUUUUAUGCUAAACAAUGUACAUCUAAUCUGUAAACAAAAUAAAAUUCAAAUUAUUUUCCACAACAUCACCUACUGAAUGUCCCCAAUGGCUUUUUAGAAAUAAUAUUUGUAGUAAUUUUGCUGCUCACUGUUAGCAAUGAACCUGUAUGGUAUUCGCUUUAGUAGCAGAUUAGCCAUCUGGAUUAUGACGAGUAACGAGUACUACUUUUGCUAUUUUUAAAAAUUCAGGUUAUUACAGUUCAAAAUAUUUCUGUAGGUUAUCACUUAUUGUCCUUUUUAUGAUUUGGAUUUCAGUUCUAUCAGAAUGAGGAGCAUUAAGGAUAUUUACUAGGACAAUGAAAACUAUGCACUGAUCUACUGACCAAUAUGAACAAGGCAUAUCAAACUAAUGUUGAUAGGCAUGACAUGGUGGAGGGAGGAUGCAUUGUAUUCUAACAUUGUGUGUCACUGUUAACAGUAGGAUGAACUGCAGUUUUAUUCAAAACCAGUUUCUGCUAUCAUCAGAAAAUUCAAAAUAAAGACCAUGGUGAUAGUUCCACUUACAUUCUUGAGAAGGAGAACUAUCCACAGGCUGUCACAGCAUGUAUUUUGUGUAUUAAGUGGAAGAGUGUACAGAAAAACUGAAGAUAAAAUAACUUGAUAUAUGUUACAUUUGCAAUGGAUGAAUAGUAAAGCUGAUGAUGUAAAAAUGCAGAAUAAAAGAAAUAUUGAAUAAUGACAGUACAGUCAGUUGCCCAUUAAUGUAAAGCUGAACAUAACCAUUGAUAUUUUAAGCUAAGUUACCACAUGGGAAUCAGAAAUGCAUUCCAGUCAAAAAUCUUGAAAUGUUUUUAAGAUAAUCUCUGGUGAAUUGUUAAGGUAUGGGCACUAGCAGCAGAUUUUAUUGCUAUACAUCUGCUCUCUUCAGGGGUAUACACAAGUAAUGUGACAUGAGCAACAUCUGCAUUCCUUUUCAAAGCCUAUUAACAAAAUUAAUUCCUUGAACAAAAAUAACUCCUGCUUAACUUUGAAGAUCAGGAAUUAGAUCCCUGCUUUAGUGUAGAUACAAAGAAAGUAGUGCAAAAAGAGGGGAAAAAAUAAAAUGUUUGUUAAUGGAUUUGUUGUCCAUUCAGAAAUCUGAUGGUGGAUGAAGAAGCUGUGCCUGAAACGUUGAGUGUGUGUCUUAAGGCUGCCCUACCACAUCCUUGAAAAGGGCAUGUACUGGAUGAUGGAGGUCCCUGAUGAUGGAUGUUGCCUUUUUGAGGCAUCAAAUUUUGAAGGAAUCCUCGAUGCUGGGGAGGCUAGUGAUGAAGCUGACUGAAUUUACACCUUUCUGCAGUUUUUUUUUCUGUUCCUGUGCAGCAGCCCCUCCAUACCACACAGUAAUGCAACCAGUAAGAAUGCUCUCCACAGUACAUUUGUAGAAAUUUGUGUUUGUCAUUGGUGACGUACUAAGCCUCCUCAAACUCCUAAGGAAAUAUAGCCAGUGCCGUGUCUUCUUUGUAAUCGCAUCAAUAUUUUGGGCCUAGGAUAGAUCCUCAGAGACGUUGAUAGCCAGGAACUUGAAACUGCUCAUUCUUACCACUUCCAAUCCCUUGAUAAGGACAGGUGUGUGUUCCUUCAACUUCUCCUUUCUGAAGUCCAUAAUCAAACCCUUGAUCUAACUGACAUUGAGUGCAAGGUUGUUGCUGUGGCACCACUCCACCAGCUGAUCUGUCUCACUCCUGUAUGCCUCUUCAUCACCAUCUGAAAUUCUGUAGUGUGGUCAGCAUAUUUAUAGAUGCCAUUUGAGCUGCGCUUAGUCACAAAGUCACGGGUGUACAGAUCACCGUCGAUGUCCGCCAGUGUUGAUUGUUAUUGAGUUAGCCCCUCUGGUUCAAGAGCUUCAUGGUUGAGGAGUAAUAACUGUUCCUGAACCUUGUGGUGUGAGACCUGAAGCUCUGGUGCCUCCUCCCCAAUAGCAGUUGUGAGAAGAGAACAUAGCCUGGAUGGUGAGGAUCCUU